AUAAAAAGUAGGUCAAAUUCACUUCCAAGAUGUCACUUUUCAAAUGUCUGUUCCAAAGUUUGCAAAUAUCAUCGAAAUUUGGGGCUAGGAGAAUCAGUACAAAAGUAUGUGGAAUAAAACUACAGAUAGAUGGCACCCCUGCAGCUAGGGGUUUACGCAGCUUUAGUACAAACACAGAGGAACAACAAGAUUCCUCUCAAAGUGAAAAUCCUGAAACCGACAGAGAAUAUGAAACUAAGACAAGAAUCCUCAACUCAGCGCUAACAUUUGUGAAUGAAUAUGGCUGGACAAAGAAGGCAAUUGUUGCAGGUGCCGAGGAGGAGGGGUACCCUGCUGUAACCCAUGGGCUGUUUCCUGGGGGUGGGGCUGAUCUUGUCAGUUAUUUCUAUGUUCUGUCCAACAAUCAACUUUCGGAGAAACUACACAAGGAAACUCAAAAGGAUGCAGAAGAGAAAAAAGGCACAACAAAGCUAAUUAGAUGGGCCCUGGAGACACGCCUUAGAAUGAUCAUACCUUAUAUAGACACAUGGCCACAGGCAAUGGGAAUAAUGACAUUACCACAGAAUGCACCAACUGCAUGGCAGAAUCUUGCAAAUCUUGUUGAUGAAAUUUGGUAUCACGCUGGGGAUAGAUCUACAGAUAUGAACUGGUACACGAAGCGUCUCUCAGUAGCAGCAGUUUACAAAUCUAGUGAGAUAUACAUGUUACAAGACAAAUCUGGGGAUUAUUUAGAGACUUGGCAGUUCAUGGACAGAAGGAUACAAGAUAUUACCAAAAUGGGAAAAGCUGUGAAGGAGUGUCAACAGGGAAGUGAUGUUAUGAGAGAGGGAGUUAUGGCUGCAACUGAAAUCGCUAAAAAUAUACUUGGAGUUAGUAGCAGACACAGAUAGCUUCAGUGGACCAUUCCAGAGCUGUUUUGAGAAAAGUGCAUAUCCUGACCUCAAAUAAUAUAGACUAGCCAUAGAUGAUACUAAAGCUGCCCUCUGAAUUGCACAAAUCUUGUUGGUCAAUAAGAACAAUCUUACGUGACUUUAACGACCUUAUAUGGGAUUCUUGGAGUGAAUUUUAUGUUACACUGUAUGCAUUAAAUAAAUUGUCAUAAAUAUAAUGUCU